CUAUAACUUGCAAGUGCAUGUAAAUAAAUGUUUUUUUUCUUGGUAAUUAGUUAUUGUGAACCCUGAACCAAAACUGAAAACCUACAACUUUUAAUAAAAAUGGGAAAAGAGAAAUCUAAAAAGAAACGGAGAUCGUCUGAUGACAGUUCUAGUAGUGGUACUAAAUCUGGCAGCUCAGAUUCAAGUCAGGAAAAAAAGAAACUGCGGAAGCUCAAAAAGAAAUUAAAGAGAGAAAAAAAGAAAACCGAAAAGGCCUUAAAAAAGAAGUUGAAGGAAGAGAUAAAAAAAUUAAAGAAAUCACAUCGAAGCUCUAGUCGAAGUAUUGAUGGUGGUAAAGAUGAAGUAUCCAGCGAUAUUCCAAUUGAAUUAAUGGAGAAAUCUAAGGCAAUGGCACCAAUGACAAAGGAAGAAUGGGAGAAAAAACAAAGUGUUGUAAGAAGAGUGCUAGAUGAAGAAACUGGACGUUACAGAUUAAUAAAAGGAGAUGGAGAGGUAUUAGAAGAAAUUGUAUCAAGAGAUAGGCAUAAACAGAUUAAUCGGGAAGCUACUGCUGCUGAUGGAAAUUUCUUUCAGAAGCAUACAGUUGAUAAACAACUUUUUAAAUAGUCUUCUUACUGUAGAAUGGGUAUCAUGACUAUUAAUAUUAUUGAAUGCUAUCAAUUGUUAAGGAAAAAAAUACCUGUUUUAAAAGUUAAGGCUGCAAAUUCUAGAUAUGUUUUUGUUGCACAAAACUGAAAUUAAAGAAUUGAAUUUA